UCUUUAUUAACAAAACUAUACCAAUGUUGUCUAAAUAGCUCCUAUUAAUCAGUGAGUUAAUUGAUUCUCAGCUAAAUGUGUUGAGUCUUGUCUGAAUUAAUUUUGUCUGAAUGAUGGGGUCAUUUACUUUGGUAUAAACAAAGGACCUAGCAGGGAGACCUCUCAUGGGGAUGACCAGAAUCCUUUGAAAUAAAGUUGUGAUUCCCAGAGUCCUAUGGCACCAUUUCUUAGUCUCAUGCAUGGCAACAGAAGUGAAAAUGGUGAAGAGCAACAGGUGCUCCUACAAGGGUAUUUUAUAGAUAUUCUUUUCCUAGAACCCUAGAAUAAAUAAAUGGCUGUUGAUUGUCUUCCUUUUCUCUGGCGCUAAGUUGGGGUGCCAGCUGGAAGUGAACAAACAGCUAAAUAUUUGUCAAGAUCUCUACAGGGCUGCAUAUGUAAGCAAUACUGAAUUUUGUAAUCUUUGUUUAUGAAGUCAUAUUGGGGAGUGUUGUUUUAAAUUAAGAAAAUUAAGAUCAUUUUCAGAAACAGUCAUUCUACCUGGUGCUCGUAUCUUCAUGUUUAUGCAGAUCAACAUGAAAAAUGGCUUCACUAUAGUAAAUUUAAUCUUUUGUAGAUGGAUUUUUAGUUUCCUUUAUAUAAUAUUAUUUAUAAUGUCACAUAAGCAGUUUGGAAAGAUGUAAGAGUUGCAGUGAUAAAAAAAAAGUUUUUCAGUGAGCUGAGCUUGUGUGUUUUAAGGUCUGGGCAUUUUGGAUGAUACCCAUGUGAUGAUAAUGAAAUGUCACUGAAGAACAUUAUAACAGUGCCACUCAAGUCAAAUAUUACAGCCUUCAUUCACUUCACCUUCCCAUUAGAUUUUGCUUUUCCAUUCAACUUUGCAAAUAAGUUAAAAUCUGAAGCUGAGCUAAAACAAACAUCUGUUAACCUUUGAAACUGACACAAAACUAACCAAUCAAUAUACUGUAUUAAACAACUAACUCCUUAUUUUAGACAGAUGUUUCACCUCUUACAAACCUAACAGUGACAGUUAUAAUCCAUAGAGUGACAUAUAAUUAUGGAUGGAUAUUCCCUUGAGGCCAUUUAGGAUAAAAGGGCUCUAAAAUGUUCAAGAGUUAGUUGAGCUGUGGUAAGUAUGCAAUGUACUGGCGUGAGACUUGCAAUAAGAGUUCACUGGCCUUACUGGGGUGUGCAAUAUCUCAGUUACGGGAAGAGUGAUGAAAAACCAUCUAAGGUAAAAUGAGGAACUGGUAAGUUGAUUCCUUAUAUCUUCUAAAGUCAAAGAAUCUGCAGGAUGUAAUACGAUUAGAUGCCUUGAACAAGCGCAAAAGCAUUAAUCACAAAUAAAUAUAUUAUGUCCUCGCUUUAAGUUAGUACUACUCCAGUCUGCUAUUAAAAUUAAAUGCAGCAGUCAAACAAAAAGGGAAGUGAAACAUUUGUUAGACUGUUCUAGCGGCAACUGUUACACAUUUGACAACUUUGAUGACUUUACAAAAAAUAAGUCCGAUUAAGCAAUGUUUUUGUUACUGUUACUAUUUUGGUCACUGUUCUGGAAAUUUUGAUUGGUCUUUACAACCUUUAAAAGACAAUGCACAGGAAAAAUAUUAUUAGACUCUUAAAUCAGCAAGAACAAUUAACAAAGAAGGUAAAGGUAAUAAGGCUCUGGAAUAUCAGGAAACUAUUUCUGCAUAGUCAACCAACAAAGAAGACAACAAUGUUGUUUAUGAUAGCACUCCUUCUGUUACAUAUUCAGCCAACAGUUCCCCAGAUGGUGCAGUGCUAUUCUAGUUUUUCUCUAAAAGAUGGAACCUGCGUUGAUAUUCUGGGUCAGGUGCCACUUGAUGAUUGUUGCAUGAAUCCCAAAUAUAGCUAUCAGGAAAAUGGCAAAGUUUGCAAGUCCUGUAGAUAUGCUGAAUGGACUGAGUGGUCCCAAUGGGGUGCCUGCUCAGUGACCUGUUCAGAAGGAGUGAGGCAGAGACACCGUGGCUGUUAUGGGAUUGGGAAGUGCCAAGACCCUUACAAAAUAGGGGAUCUACAGACUGAACCUUGUACAGAGGGCUGCUGUCAAGAAAAUGGGGGCUGGUCAGAGUGGGGUGCAUGGUCACCAUGCUCAGUUACAUGUGAAAAUGGAGUAAAAAAAAGGACAAGGACUUGUACUGAACCCCCUCCCAAAUGUGGUGGCUUCUGCCUUGGCAACAGUGAAGAAACUGAAGACUGCAACAUAGCAAUUGUUUGUCCAACUCAUGGAGGAUGGUCCCCAUGGGGGAAGUGGGGUCCCUGUGCAGGGACUUGUCAUCCAGAGGGUUUCCUGGCCCCUGAACAGCAACGCCAAAGGACUUGUACAAACCCUCCACCAUCCACUGUGCCACGUGGAAAUGACUGCUCAGGUGCUAGGUUCGACAGUAAGCACUGCAAGGGAAUACCUUUUUGUCCAGUGGAUGGAAACUGGGGUGCUUGGUCAAUGGCUUCAGACUGCUCUGUGACAUGUGGAGUAGGACGACAGAGGCAGCAACGAAAAUGUGAUAAUCCACAACCCAAACAUAGUGGCCGACCCUGCCAAGGAGCUGACACAAGAAUUCAUCUCUGCACUAUCCCUGUACACUGUCCAGCGGAUGGUCACUGGAGUGAAUGGAGUGAAUGGACACUCUGUAAGUCAGUCAACCAAAGAGAAAUUGUUUGCAGGAAUAGAAUGGGAAGACGAAAGAGAGAGCGAGACUGUUUAGGCAGGGAAUAUGAAGGAAAUUUCUGUCUUGGAGAACCUGUGGAGUUUGGCACCUGCUAUAACAUUAUGAAUUGUAAAUCGGGUCCUUCUGAACAGAUAGUGGGAGCCUUUUGGUCAGAAUGGAGUAAAUGGAGUUACUGUAAACCUAACUGUGGAGAAAAUUCCACACAGACAAGACAGAAGAAGUGUAUACCGGACCUCUCAAAGUACAGUAAUAAGAAUAUUGAGUUUUUCUCAGGGACACCAAAUAUCAACUGCCCACAACCAGAAGACACAGAACAGACUAGAUCGUGUUUUAAUGUUCCUAAGUGCUAGUGCAAUUUUAUAUCAUCAAAUGACUACCAUAGAUUUAAAGCUUCAUUCAUAAUGUGUCCACUGCCAAUAAAUGCAGUAAAAGCUCCGCUUGAAUUGGCUAUCCAUCCAGAGUGCACAACUAUAACCCCAAAUUAAUUUUGUUAUGUAGCAUGCCAUAAACAUCUCAAAUUAAUUUUUCAAAUGUCUCUCCAAUGUCCAAUACAUAAACAGAGACUAUGAGCCUACUGA